GCAUUGAGGAACGUCGCUCGUUACAGCAAAGGAUCGCACCCAACCACCACGCCAAAUUCGAGAGGUUGGUGAGCCAACACGGGAGUUGGCAGCCCUCCACACACGAAGACCAAAAAGACCCCGUUGCCGCGAGCUGUGGAACAUAACGAAGCCUUCCUGUUCCCUUCCAAGCCACAGUCUGUUCGGUUGCGUUCUGAAGACUUCCAACAACGAUGAAUUUCACCAAGAAGAUCGACCGCGCCUUCCAAUGGGCGGGAGAGAAGAUGGGUGGUGAGGCCAAGACAACCAUGUCGGACGGUUUCAAGAUGCUCGAAACCGAAAUGGCACUGCGAUUCGAGGGCAUGGAGCGUCUCCAAAGAUCGAUGAACCAGUACAUAAAAUGGCUCGGUCGCCACCUCGACUCGUCGGAAGAUAAGGAAAAGGCACUCCCCGUUGGGUACCUCGGACGGACCAUGGUUGGCCACGGCGAAGAAUUCCAGGCCGACUCCGAGUUCGGGAACUGCCUGAUAACGAUGGGUCGUGCCAACGAAAGAAUCUCGGCCAUCCAGGAGGCGUUCGUCGCGGAAGCAACCACUUCCUGGCUCGAGUCGCUCGAGAGGUCGUUGGCCAUGAUGAAGGAGUACCAGGCCGCGCGCAAAAAGCUCGAAAACCGCCGUCUGACCUAUGAUGCAAGCACCACGAAGCUCCAGAAAGCCAAGAGGGACGACUUCCGGCUCGAGGAGGAACUCCGCGCCGCGAAGGCCAAGUACGAAGAAUCGUCCGAGGACGUUCUUCGACGCAUGCAGGACAUUCAGGACGCCGAGGUCGAUAGCGUCCGGGACCUGACCCACUUCCUUGACGCCGAGAUCGACUACCACGAGCGGUGCGCCGAGGAGCUCCGACGAGUGCGGCAGAACUGGCCCGGCACCGCGAGAGCGGGUUGCGGACCCGUCGAGCGCCGCCCGACGGUCCGGAGCAGGUCCAACACAACGCGCAGCUACACCGAGCGCCUGCCGCGGUCAAACACAUUUAGCACCGCCGAGAUCCCAGAGACAGAGUCGACUGCGCCACCCGUCCGCAUGCCCAUUCACCUCAGCAACGUCCGACGGCAGUCGCAAAUCCAGCAGACCGACGGGCCUGCCCGCCCCGUCAUCGGCAGGACAAACAGCUUCCAAGGCGGCGCCAACCUCGACCGAGAGCGGAGCCGCGUCUCCGGCACCAGCACGCCGACGCCGACGACCUCCGCCGCGACCAGCCACGGCAUCGCGAACGUCGGCGCCCUCCGCAGCCAGCUGCGCCCGGUGAGCAGGAUCGUCACGACCAAGGACGACAACGUCUUUGCCGACCGCGACGACGACACGGCGAGCGACACGGGCAGCCCCGACUGGGGCAACCGUAGCACGAGCUCCGCAACCAGCGUCGGCAGCCUGAGCCGCUCGCCGAGCAUCAACACGGUGAGCUCGUCGUUCGGCCCGGCGGGGAUCAAGAAGGCCCCGCCGCCGCCGCCGCCUAGCAGGGCGAAGAAGCCCGCGCCGCCGCCGCCGCCGCCGGUGCCGGCGAGAAGGGAGAUCGGUUAUUGACCGUGAGCGGCCUGUGGGUGAGGGCGUGUGUGAAGGCUUUGUCCAGGUGAGAUCGGGCCGAGCAGAGGCAUCGUGUUCGAGGGUCGGAAUUUGGGGUUUUAAGACAACCUGUUCGGGCGGCGUUUUGGUGUUGAG